AUGUCUACAUCUCCUAUUGUUACUGAGCUACCUCUCGGAGCUAUAUCAGAUCAUCUUGUCAUCUUCAUCCAUGGAAUGGGAAAGCAAUAUGAAGACAGUGGAAAUAUAGAGCACCAUGUUGCAACUAUGCAAAAACAUACCAAAGAAGUGCUACAAACCCAAUUUCCAAGUCAUCAACUGCGAGUCAAAUAUGUCCCAGUAGAGUGGCACAGUGUAGUUCAUUUACUGGUCGAUACCAAGAUGGAUCAGUCUUCGCUCGGUACAAUACCCAAAGUACGACUGGCAACAAAUCAUUGGUUGUUGGACUGCAUGUAUUAUUUUACAAAGCCUCAUAAUCAAUGCAUCAUCGAUACAAUCUGUGAGCAAUCCAACAAAAUCUACCAGAAGCAUUUAAUAGACUACCCCGACUUUGAAGAAAAUCAGGGUCAAGUGCAUAUGGUUGGAUGUUCUCUCGGGGGUGUAGCAGGUUAUGAUAUUGCAUCAUCCCAAUGGCUUCCUGAGGAUGGGUUACCUCCCUGGGAUGGGGUUCAAGACAAGCAAUAUGUGUGUGCACGCCCAGAUGUAAAUGUCCCAAAGUUAGAUUUUAAUGUCAAAUCACUAUUUACCUGCGGAAGUCCCAUCGCGGCUGGUCUAAUAUUCCGUGGGUUGGAUUACAUGCAUUUCCGUCCUCCACCUCGUACUCGAGUAUUCAACAUCUUUCAUCCAUUCGAUCCAUUAGGCUAUCGUCUGGAGCCAAUGAUCAACGACAGUUACACCACUAUAGACCCGGUCAAGAUCCAGCGUGCCCAACGCAAAGCACUCUUGUCUGUAAAUAUCCCAAAGAUUCCCAACCUUGGAAUCCGGUCUUCGUUUGCAGGUGCAGGGCCCAUGAUAACAAGAGCAGGAAAGACAUUUUGGCGCUAUCUAAACGCAGAAACACAACCAGUCGAAUCCCAGGCUCUAGAUGUAUCGAAAUCCACAUGGGAACCAACGCUCGAUGAUGAAAAUAAUAUUAAGCAUCCUAUACCACACAGCUCUACUAGCCUUGAUAGCAGUACAAGUAGCAAUAGUAGCACAAACAGCCGUAGUGGCACCAGCAACAAUAACAGUGACAGUAACAGUAGCAGAAACAUUGUACUACCAAUCGAUAUAUGGCUAGUAGAGCAGCCUUCCCCAGAUAUGAGCUAUAGUACCAGUACUGUGGGUGAAGAGAGUGGUAGUGAUAGUGAGGGAUCAGCUAUUGAUUGUGAUCCAGCUAUCGGCCUAAAAGAAAAAGACCUUCCAGAAUUAUCAACGCACAUCACCGGCAGAGACGGGAAUCAUUAUGCUCGGACAGAUUACGUACUAUCUGAAAAUGUAAUUGAUGCCUAUGCUUCCGAGUGGCUCAUUGCAAUGAAGAGUCAUUUUAGAUACUGGGCAAAUAGGGAUCUUGCUCUUCAUAUCGUACAGACCAUGAUCGAUUCCUAG